CGCCGCCGAGGGAGCCUCAGAGCGUCCCGGCACCGCGGCGGCUCCGCGCCGCCCCGCGGUGAGGCGAGGGCGAGCCCCAGCCCGCGCGGGUGCUGAUGCUAGAAGAAAAGAAUGAUUGAUGGGAAACAGACACCAGCCUGCGGACACUCAUCCUUUUGCUUCAGAUACUGAUUUAUCAGUGCAACUGGGCAUCCCCUGUGAACCCCGAACACAGAGGAUCACUCAGGGUUAUCGACAGUGUAGCUGAAGACCCGCAAAUUCACAAAUUAUUAUCUGCUGUUGGACAUCUUUUACAGGAAGCCCCGACAGAUAAGUUAUAAAGCAAAGGACAAGCGCUGUGUUACUGUGAAAGGCUGUCAUCGGGUUCCAAGUGGCUUCUACCAAAGUCUUCAACUUAGUGAAACAAACACCCUGUUCUAAUGCUUCACCUUUGAGUUGGAACCAAUUUUAUAAAUUAUAUACACGUAUAGGUACAUAGAUGUAUAACCUAUAGACUACACGUACGCCAGUGCUGAGCAUCCUUACGAAGGUGACAUAAAAGGAUUUAGAAAUGUAUUUGUCAAGAUUCUUGUCACUCCACGCCCUCUGGGUUACCGUAUCCUCCAUGAUGCAGCACUACCCUUCUGUGUGGGGACACUAUGACGUGUGUAAGACUCAGAUUUACACAGAAGAGGGAAAAGUAUGGGAUUACAUGGCGUGCCAGCCGGAAGCCAGAGACAUGAUCAAAUACGUAAAAGUGACUCUGGAUCCCCCAGACAUAACAUGUGGAGAUCCUCCUGAGACUUUUUGUGCAAUGGGGAAUCCCUACAUGUGCAAUAAUGAAUGUGAUGCGAGUACCCAAGAAUUGGCUCAUCCUCCAGAACUGAUGUUCGAUCUUGAAGGAAGACAUCCCUCCACAUUUUGGCAGUCCACGACUUGGAAGGAUUAUCCAAAGCCUCUUCAUGUUAAUAUUACGCUCUCCUGGAACAAAACCAUCGAGCUUACAGAUAACAUAGUUAUCACUUUUGAAUCCGGCCGCCCAGACCAAAUGAUCCUGGAGAAAUCACUCGACUAUGGACGAACAUGGCAGCCCUACCAGUACUAUGCCACGGACUGCUUAGAUGCUUUCCACAUGGAUCCAAAAUCAGUGAGGGAUUUAUCACAGCACACGGUCCUAGAAAUCAUUUGCACAGAGGAAUACUCUACUGGGUACAUGACAAAUAGCAAAAUAAUCCACUUUGAAAUCAAAGAUAGAUUUGCUUUUUUUGCUGGACCUCGGCUUCAUAAUAUGGCUUCUCUUUAUGGCCAGCUUGACACAACCAAGAAGUUAAGAGAUUUCUUUACCAUCACAGAUCUGAGGAUAAGACUGCUUAGACCAGCAACUGGAGAAAUAUAUGUAGAUGAGCAACACCUGGCACGCUACUUUUAUGCAAUUUCAGACAUAAGGGUAUACGGAAGGUGUAAGUGCAACCUUCAUGCUACUGGCUGUAAAGAAGAAAACAAAAGGCUACUUUGUGAAUGUGAGCAUAACACAACGGGCCCAGACUGUGGAAAAUGCAAGAAGAAUUACCAGGGCCGACCAUGGAGCCCCGGUUCUUAUCUGCCUAUACCUAAGGGCACUGCUAAUAUCUGUAUACCCAGUAUUUCCAGUAUUGGUAACUGUUAUUGUAACCCUUUUGGUUCAGUCCAUGAUCGCUGUAAUGACAGAGGAUUUUGUGAGUGUAAGGAGGGAACAUCAGGGCCUAAAUGUGAUAAAUGUCUGCCGGGAUAUAUCUGGCACAGCUUGGGCUGUCAACCAAAUGUAUGUGACAAUGAGCUACUUCAUUGCCAGAACGGAGGAACGUGCAUCAACAACGUGCGAUGCCAGUGCCCUCCGGCUUACACUGGCAUUUUGUGCGAGAAGCUGAGGUGCGAAAGGGAUCCAGGAGGCUGCAGCCAAAACUCCGGCCAGGAGACAACAUGGCAGAAGCCUCUUUUGCCGCUGACUGCACUACUAGUAGCCACAGGACUCUGCAUAUGCUAGGCUCCAGAUGGGCGAGGGCAUUGCAUUCAGACCGCUUCAAACGAACAUGCCACAUGGAAACAAAACUGAACCCAAGUGGUUGCUACUGAAAUUUCAAGUGGAAAAACGAGAGGGAAAAGAAAAAAAAGAGGGCGCAGGAACAACAAGGCCUAACUGAACUAAGCCAUAUCAAUCAGUCCCGGGCAGGGCCGCCAGCCAAGACCCGUCACCUCUGGCUCCAGCCAAGCCAGCAGCUGCCUGUUCUGUCACAUCAGUGCUAGCUGCAAAGCUCCCGCAGGACUGGAACGGCCUCAACAGCCCCUGGAAUGGGAAGAGAAUCGAAAGAACAUUUGCUUCUCCUCUCUGGUGUGCUGCUGUACCUGCGCCCGGAGUGCGGACCGACCAAAUACAGGCAUUCUUUGCUGUCAGUGCAUUGUGGCUAUGAGGAAAUCUGUAAAAGCUGCCAUAUUGGCCUGCUUCAGUCCCCGAAUCCUUUCCAACCUGUGCUUUAGUGAACGUUGCUCUGUAACCCUUGUUGGUUGAAAGAUUUCUUUGUCUGAUGUUAGUGAUGCACAUGUGUAACAGCCCCCCUCAAUAAAACUCAAGCCAGUCAUAUCCUUGUAUACCUUAGCAGCACUGCAUCAGUAAGAUGCUGUGUUCACCUACUGUACAAGAGUGGCUAUAGGACAAAAAGUGUAUUUAUCCUUUUGUAUUCAAAUGAAGUUAUUUUUCUUGAAAUACUGUACAAUGUAGAUUUUUUGUAUUAUUGCCUAUUUGUGUUACCAGACAAUUUGUUAAUGUAUUUAAUCUAAUCAGGUAAGAGAAAAAUAUUACUUUUUAUUUAGUCCUUUUCUUUUUCCUUUCAUUUAAUUGUGCAGAGAUUUCUCUGUAUGGGCAACGUGCUGGCAUCAAAGAAUAUCAGUUUACAUAUAUAACAAGUGUAAUAAGAUUCCACCAAAGGACAUUCUAAAUGUUUUCUUGUUGCUUUAACACUGAAAGAUUUCAAAGAAUAAAAAUUCCUGCAUAAACAGUUCCAGGAUGACUAUUGCUAUU